GGAGAGUAAAGCGGAGCAUCCCCUCGGAGCCACGCGGGGGACACUCAGGUGCAGGGAACUCAAACUGGCGGCGCUCUUAGAAUGCAGAAGUCACCAAUAGAAGAUGCGAACUUCUUCUCCAAAUUUUUCUUCUGGUGGGUAACACCACUGUUAAGAAAGGGCUUCAGAAAGAAGUUGGAUCUGUCAGACGUGUACAAGGCUCCCUCCUUUGAUCUGGCAGACAACCUCUCUGAGAGACUUGAAAGAGAAUGGGACAGGGAGGUGGUGUCAGCCACAGCCAAGAGAAAGCCAAAGCUGCUGAGAGCACUGGCCCGCUGCUUCUUUUGGCCUUUCGCCUUCUUUGGUGUCCUCCUCUACCUUGGGGAGGCUUCCAAGACAGUGCAACCUCAGAUUUCAGGUCGCAUCAUUGCUUCCUUUGACCCUUUCCAUGCUCCAGAGAGAAGUCAGGGACUCUACCUGUCCCUGGGCCUUUGCCUCCUCUUCAUUGCCCGCUUCCUUCUGUUGCAGCCUGCCAUCUUUGGACUGCAUCACCUCGGCAUGCAGAUCCGCAUCGCCCUUUUUAGCCUUAUUUACAAGAAGACCCUGAAGUUGUCCAGCAGAGUCUUGGAUAAGAUCAGCACUGGUCAGCUUGUUAGUUUGAUGUCUGCAAAUCUCAACAAGCUGGAUGAGAGUCUGGGUCUGGCACAUUUUAUAUGGAUCACCCCUCUGCAGUGUAUAUUGUGUGUGGGUCUGGUCUGGGAGCUGAUUGAGGUGAACGGCUUCUGUGGCCUUGCAGCACUGACUCUGAUGGGCAUCGUCCAGGCCUGGCUCUCCACGAAGAUGGCACCUCAUCGGGCGAACCGAGCACCUAUAACUAGCCGCCGCCUGGCUCUCACCACAGAGAUUAUAGAGAACAUUCACUCUGUGAAGGCAUACGGCUGGGAGGAAGUGAUGGAAAAUAUCAUCAAGAACAUCAGGCAGGAUGAGAUGACACUGACGAGAAAGAUUGGAUCGCUCCGUUACUUCUACAGCGCCUCAUACUUCUUCUCUGCCAUCUUUGUUAUCCUCUCAGCGAUUAUACCAUAUGCACUCAGUAAAGGCAUCAUACUGCGUCGAAUUUUCACCACAGCGUCCUACUUCAUGGUGUUAAGAAUGACACUGACCCGCCAGUUUCCAGGUUCCCUCCAGAUGUGGUACGACACAAUGACACUACUCCACAAGAUCGAGGAUUUCCUGAUGAAGGAAGAGUACAGUGGGCUGGAGUAUAACCUCACCACCUCAGAACUGGAGUUGGUCAAUGUGUCCGCAUCCUGGGAUGAGCAUAUUGGUGAGUUGUUUGAGAAGAUCCAGCAGGAGAGCAAAGCAAAUGGACACCUGAACGGUGACCCCGGGCUCUUCUUCACCAAUCUCUAUGUCACACCUGUGCUCAGAAACAUCAGCCUGCACCUCGACAAAGGCCAGAUGCUCGCUGUGGCUGGAUCCACUGGCUCAGGAAAGAGUUCCCUGCUCAUGAUGAUUCUGGGAGAACUGGUGCCAACAGAGGGUAAAAUUAGACACAGUGGUCGCAUUUCCUACUCACCCCAGACUUCUUGGAUUAUGCCAGGGACGAUUCGUGACAACAUCCUGUUUGGCCUGACUUAUGAUGAAUACCGCUACAAUUCUGUUAUCCAAGCCUGCCAGCUGGAAGAGGACUUCACUUUGCUACCCGAGAAAGACAAGACGUAUCUCGUCGAUGGAGGGGGGACCCUCAGUGGUGGUCAAAGAGCGCGUCUCUGCCUUGCCAGGGCUGUGUAUAAAGACGCUGACCUCUACCUCCUGGAUGCGCCUUUCACCCACCUGGACAUCGCUACAGAAAAAGAGAUCUUUGAAAACUGCAUCUGUAAACUUAUGGCCUCCAAGACUCGUGUCGUAGUAACCAGCAAGUUGGAGCAUCUCAAACGUGCAGACAAAAUCCUUCUGCUGCACAAUGGAGAUUGUUACUUCUAUGGCACCUUUUCAGAACUGCAGGCCAAGCGUCCAGACUUCAGCUCCCUGCUUCUUGGUCUUGAGGCUUAUGACAACAUCAACGCUGAGCGCCGUGGAUCCAUUCUCACAGAAACUCUCCGCAGGGUUUCAGUUGAUGAAACCGCUAGUUUCCGUGGCCCAGAGCCAAUUCGCCAGUCCUUCCGACAUGCACCAGCUCAAAGCCAUCCUCUAGGUGAUGGCUACCCUGAAAAACGCAAGCAGUCACUCAUCCUUAAUCCCCUGGCAGCUGCCCGCAAGUUCUCCUUCAUUGGGAAUUCUCAACAAACUGGAAACACGACAGUGGAAGACAGGUCUGAUGAACUCCCAGAGAGAAGAUUCUCUGUAGUACCUGAAGAUGAACAAAUAGAGGAGGCCCUUCCGAGGAGUAACCUGUACCAUGAUGAGUUUCAGCAUCUUAGCGGGCAGCGGCGCCAGUCUGUCUUGGAGUUUAUCACCAGUGCUCGGGGCCAAGAGCGCAGAGAGCAGAUGCAGUCAUCUUUCAGGAAAAAGCUCUCCAUCACACCGCAGUACAAUCUUCCAUCGGACCUGGACAUUUACUCCCGCCGCCUGUCCAAGGACAGUGUUUAUGACAUUAGUGAAGAUGUGGAUGAAGAAGACAUGGAGCAAUGCUUUGCAGAUGAACGUGACAAAAAUGUCUUUGAAACUACCUCAUGGAACACUUACCUACGCUACGUAAACACCAACAGGAACUUGGUCUACGUCCUCAUUUUCAUCUUGAUUGUCUCUGUCAUGGAGGUUGCUGGCUCUGUCCUCGGUAUUUUUCUUAUUACUGAUGAGAUCUGGAGGGACGCUGCCAACCCUUCAUCACCCAACUAUAUUGAUGAGCAACACCCCAAUGCAUCGUCGACGCCUGUCCAUCUCGCUGUUAUUAUGACACCCACUAGUGCUUAUUACAUCAUCUACAUCUUUGUAGCCCAUGCGGACAGUAUUCUGGCCCUGGGAUUCUUCAGGGGUCUCCCUUUAGUGCAUACAUUACUGACUGUGUCCAAAAGACUGCAUGAACAGAUGCUUAGCUCUGUGCUGCGAGCCCCCAUGUCUGUGCUCAACACGAUGAAAACAGCCAGGAUCGUGAACAGGUUCACCAAGGACAUGGCCAUCAUAGAUGACAUGCUGCCAUUGGUGCUUUUUGACCUCAUACAGGUGUCAUUAAUCGUCGCCGGUGCCAUCUUCACUGUGUCCAUCAUAGAGCCAUACAUCUUCAUCGCUGCUCUCCCGUUGGCUUUUAUCUAUGUUUUCCUCAGGAAGUACUUUCUACGAACUGGACAGCAACUUAAAGUCCUGGAGGCUGAAGCUCGUACCCCGAUCUUCUCCCAUCUCAUCCUCUCACUAAAGGGUUUAUGGACAAUUCGGGCAUUCGAGCGCCAGACCUACUUUGAGACACUUUUCCACAAGGCUUUGAACACUCACACGGCCGCCUGGUUCCACUACCUGUCUGUUCUGAGGUGGUUUCUCUUCCGCUGUGACAUGCUCUUCACCGUGUUCUUUACUGCUGCUGCCUUCAUCGCAACAGGAAGCAACAGGGACAAACCAGGACAGAUUGGCAUUAUUGUGGCCCUGGCUAUGCUUAUCUGUGGGAUUUUCCAAUGGGCUGUCAUCACCAGCAUCGCUGUAGAUGGGAUGAUGCGUUCAGUGAAUCGGGUAUUCAAAUUCAUCGACCUACCACCAGAAGAUCCCCGGUUAGGGAAAUCUAAAGGAGGUGGCAGAGGCCCUGAUAUCGUCAUCGACAACCCCCAUGCACGUGACUACUGGCCCAACCGUGGCCAGCUGGAUGUCCGAGGCCUUACAGUGAAAUACACAGAGGCUGGGCGUGCCAUCCUCAACAAUAUCUCCUUCUCUGUGGAGGGAGGACAAAGCGUUGGUCUGCUGGGUCGAACAGGUUCAGGGAAGAGCACGCUGCUGUCUGCUCUGCUGCGUCUCACCCACACAGAAGGAGACAUUUCUAUUGAUGGUGUUUCCUGGAACUCUGUCUCAUUGCAAACAUGGAGGAAAGCCUUCGGUGUGGUGCCACAGAAAGUCUUCAUCCUGACUGGAACUUUCCGGAUGAACCUGGACCCACAUGGAAAUUACAGCGACACAGAAUUGUGGAAGGUGGCUGAGGAGGUGGGCCUGAAGUCUGUGAUUGAGCAGUUCCCAGACAAGCUAGACUUUCAGCUGGAGUAUGGAGGCAGCGUGCUGUGCAAUGGACACAAACAGCUGGUUUGUCUUGCCCGUUCCAUCCUCAGCAGAGCCCGUAUCCUGCUGCUGGACGAGCCUUCUGCCUACCUUGACCCUAUAACACUGAAGGUCCUGAGGAAGACACUGAAACAGGCGUUUUCAGGCUGCACCGUCAUCAUGUCAGAACACAGGGUGGAUCCACUGACAGACUGUCAGUCAUUCCUGAUGAUUGAAGGCAGCUCCAUGAAGACAUACGACUCCAUUCAGAAGCUCAUGAAUGAGAAGAGUCACCUCAAGCAGGCCAUGAGCACGGCCGAUCGGCUCCGCCUCUUCCCAACGCUUCACCGCCUCAACUCCAACAAGAGGCCGCCGCCACAGACCGCCAAGAUCUCCUCACUGCCAGAGGAAGCAGAAGAUGAAGUCCAUGACACGAGACUCUAACUGGCCAGCUGCAAACACACAUGCGCAUACACACCUGCAGGGACAAAAACACGGCUGUUUGAAGACCAAUGAUUUGCGGUUAAUUUCUGAAGCAAUAUGGACCAGACCAUAAUGACAGAAUCCAAAUCACUUUGGACAACUCAGGCAUAUUAUUUUACUCACUAGAAGGAGAAUUUGAUUUACACUGAAUCAGAAAUUACUGAAAUAGUGAAAUGUGUCUUACAGAAAUUGAAGCCACAUUUUUCAUAGGCAAACAUAGCUGCUGAGAUCCACUUCACUGUCACACAGUAAAACCAGCAAUAUGAAGCUUUGCACCCAUUUAAAGAAAAGCUAUGUCCUAAAUUAUUUAAACAGUCCAGCUACCUACUAUUUUAUUAACCUUUGACCAAAGGUGUGACUGGAGCCUAUCCCAUCUAACAAAGGGCAGAAGGCAGGGUAAGCAAUACUAAGUAAGUUAAGCUAACAGAGAGCUUUUCACAGAGGAGCAGUCACAAAGUACUAUAUCACAAAGCAGAAUAAAACCUGCCACUCUGGACAAGUUGUUACUCCAUCACAAGACUAAUGCAGAGACAGUGAACCACACACUCGCAUCUAAAACCAGUAUAGUAAUGAGCUAACCUAACAAGCAUGUCUUUGGACUGUGGGAAAGAACCAGAGGAUGCAGGGGAACCCAAAGAACAUGCAAACAAGGAGGUGAGGUGAUGUGUUAACCACUGCACCACUGUGUCGCUCCUAUCGCAGAAUAGGCACGUUUAAACGUUGCAUGAACGUGAGUGAAUGUGCACAGUGCGAAAUAUGAAGGAUGAGAGUACAGAUGCAAAACUUCUAACUGCAGGUGUCUGAAUCAUUAGAAUAACACAGAUGCAAGUUUAGGAGUAUUUUUGUUUGUUUGUUUGUUUUUUAAGAAAAUGUGUGCAAUGGUGAAUUCUGCCACUAAAUUAAAGGAAAAUCAGUGUGUGUGUGUGUGUGUGUGUGUGUGUGUGUGUGUGUGUGUGUGUGUGUGUGUGUGUGUGUGUGUGUGUGUGAAUGAAAGACUUCACAAGCACACUGCAUGGAAGAUAAAGGGGAAUAUGGAAAGGGACCAGCGCAAAUUGAGGAAGAAUCGUAUGACUUACACGGAGCUGACAUGUAAACAAAGCACAUCAUAACAUGCACCAGAGUCCGGGUUCAGUCUGACUAAGUGGACACUGUUAUUAAGCUCAUUAUUAAAGAGCUCCGGCAGGUUUCAGUGAUGAACAAACAGUACAUGGGCCCUUUGAGUUCAGACGAUUCUCACAGAUGUUCUAUUCUGCUCUUGCUUUGAAAGAAAGGAAAAGAAAUCCAUCCUUUUUGUCUUUUUGCAUGAUUUGUUGUUUCAAAAGCAUUUUUACUGGUUUCAGUUGAGUUUUUUUUUUUUUUUUGAAAAGCAUUUUGGCUAACAGACAGCUCAUUUUCACUGGAGCUCCUCAGACUGAACGUCUAAUAAUAGCCACUGUAGAAGUCUGACUCUUGAGAUGCAUUUUGAAUGAGUGUGGAGCGUGUAACCGAGCACUGCAAGCAAACAGGAAAACAAAAGGCCACAUACUUUGUUCUCUAUUCUUGGCAUAUGGAACCAUUAAAAAAUAUGAAAGAUCACAAGAACAGAUGUUCUUCUGUUUUACCAAAAUGUAUCAAUAUCAAGCAGGAGUCCUUCACAGUCCCCAAAGCCAGCCAUUCACAUCCCACUCUUUAUAUUUUAACUUGCAUAGCAGGCAGCCUGAUAGCCAAGCAGUUAGCGAGAGUGAGACAAUACAAUCCACUCCAGACUGGAAUAAUUUGAACAAGCCAAAUUGAACGUAACUGUUGAUAUUAGCAAAUGUUAUUCAAUAGUUUUGAAGCAUCAAAUUAUAACCAUACUAUAAUUCAUUAUAAGUUCCUCAUUAAUGUGGUGACGCUGCAGUUAGAACUGCUCUGAGCUUUUGCAGCACUCACACAGGCGCUCCAAAGCCACACUGAUGUAUCCUCCACCAGCAUGUCGGUGCUGGGGUGAGGCCUCCAGGCCACCUCAUAGCCUCCCAAAGAAAGACAAAGCAUCCUAUCACACUGUAAAACCUGCUUAGGAAUGGCUGAAGAAGCCAGUCUGGAAAAAUGUCAAGGUGUCUGGUGCAAAGGGUUCGCAGCAGUUCAUUUGAUUUUAAUGAUAUGCUCAUUGGAUUUUACUUUUUAUUUAUUGUGGCUGUAUGUGCCAAACUAGGAGAUCAAUAGCAAUAGCAGCAGCUCAUUAAAUGAGACUUCUGCAGUGGCUUUGUGUGUCUUUUUUUUUUUUUAAUUAAAGCAAAUAGUCCUAAAUUCCUUCUGUCUAUAGUCAGUCAGUCUGACCCUGAAGCAACUUAACUGAUGUCCACAAAACAGUGACGCUGUUGGCUGACGCUAGUAGUUUGUGAUGACUCAGAUACCCUUAUUUUUCUAUGUGUAUGCACUUUAGAGACACCCCGAGGUACUCAUCAGCUUUCACAGCAAGGACACAGUCAUGUGAUUAAAAAAUCUGCACUUUCAUGUCAAAUCCUCAAUGAAAAGUAGAAUGAUGCCAUUUGAUGACAAUUAUCUUUAAUUUCUCAGCCGCUAUUAUUUUAUGAUUUAUGGAGAGAAGCUGGUAAUUCGUCCAAAGUUAAAAAGAAACAAAAACAAAGAAAAAAAAACUUUUCUAUGUGAGAUAAACUUUUUAAGAGCCACUGCUGUACAAACGCAAAGCAUUUCGGUUUUCUUUGUUCAUCAUUUCUCACCAUUUCUCUGUUCUUCGCUCUGAAACUGGGAACCAUUUAGACUUUUCUAACAUUCAUUCUAUUUUGAAUUAUAAUUUUGUAAAGCACCACUGCAGUAAAUGAAGGUACCUUGAAGAAAUGCCUCAAUAUGUUAACAGACUUUUCUUUUUUUUUUUACAUUGUAAAUUAAGAACAAAACUGUUUCUUAUUCAUAGGAAUGGGCAGAGAUGUCCAGAAAUGUAUAAAUGUAUUUGUCAAUCAACUAUAUUUCCAGUAAAACUAAAGAUUUUGAGAAUUCA